AUGGGGAUAUUCUAUUGUGAUAAAAAAAGUGGUGUGGCUAAUAAUGUCUGGAAUGGAAUAAAGAGUCAUAUACAGAAUUAUACACCACAGGGGCUGGAACUGGACGAGAUCCACAUGCUGCAGCAAAAGAGAAUUCUAGAUUGCCCUUUACUACUCGCUGCCAAAGAGAAUGAUGUGGCAGCUAUUAAGAAGAUGCUUGAUUGCCCAUCUAAUGAUUUAUACACCAGAGGAGCUGUUGGUGAGACUGCACUCCAUGUGGCCGCUUUGCAUGACAGCCUGGAAGCAGCCAAAAUACUGCUAGAUGAAGCCCCAGAUCUUGUUAAUCAGCCCAUGACCUCUGAUCUUUAUGAAGGAGAGACUGCUUUACACAUUGCUGUCGUCAAUCAGAAUAUGAACUUAGUGCAGCAGUUGAUUGAGAGAGGAGCAGACGUCUGCUCACCUCGUGCCACUGGAACUUUCUUCUCUCUAUGCCCCAAUAAUCUAUUCUAUUUUGGUGAGCAUAUCUUGUCAUUUGCUGCCUGUGUAGGGCAUGAAGGAAUUGUGCGUCUAAUUAUAGAGAAUGGAGCCAAUAUAAGAGCCCAGGACUCAUACGGGAACACUGUGCUUCACAUUCUUGCCCUUCAGCCCAACAAGACAUUCUCCUGUCAGAUGUAUGACCUUAUUCUGUCAUAUGACCGUGGAGAACAUGAGUUACCACUACAGAUGAUUCCUAACCAUACUGGUCUCACACCAUUAAAACUGGCAGCUGUUGAAGGCAACACUGUGAUGUUCCAGCAUUUGAUACACAAGAAAAGGCAUAUCCAGUGGAAUUUUGGUCCUAUUAACUCCAUUUUGUAUGACCUUUCUGGAAUAGAUUCCUGGGGAGAGGAUCAGUCUGUCUUAGAAUUAGUGGUGUCCUCCAAAAAAAGAGAGGCUCGUCACAUUUUGGACCUCACCCCUGUGAAGGAGCUAGUCAGUCUCAAAUGGCGAAACUGUGGACGUCCUUAUUUCUGGAUCCUGGCAGCUCUUUAUGUCCUCUACAUGAUCUGUGUGACAGUGUGUUGUAUCUACAGACCUCUCAAACCAGUUGCAAUUAAACCAAAUAAUUCCCGCGAUAUAACCAUCUUUAUGCAAAAGCCACUACAUGAAUCAUACAUGACUUAUGAAGAUGAUUUGCGUCUUGUUGGAGAGUUAAUAAGCGUGAUUGGAGCAAUCAUUAUAUUACUUCUAUUGAUUCCUGACCUACUGAGAGUUGGCGCCACCAGAUAUUUUGGACAAACGGUUCUUGGAGGUCCUUUCCAUAUUAUCAUAAUUCUUUUUGCCUGUAUGGUGCUAGCGACACUAGUUCUGAGGCUGACCAGCAGUGAUGGAGAGGUUGUCCCCAUGUCUUUUGCUCUAGUGCUCGGAUGGUGCUAUGUCAUGUACUUCACCAGGGGAUUUCAGAUGCUUGGCCCUUUCACCAUCAUGAUUCAAAAGAUGAUUUUUGGUGACCUGUUGCGCUUUUGUUGGCUUAUGGCUGUGGUCAUUCUUGGCUUUGGUGCAGCUUUCUAUGUGAUAUUCCAGACCGAGGAUUCGAAUGAGCUGGGGCAGUUUAUGUCUUACCCCAUGUCGCUCUUCAGCACAUUUGAACUGUUUCUCACUGUUGUUGACGGGCCAGCAAAUUACCAAGUGGACCUGCCAUUCAUGUACAGUGUCAUGUACUCUGCAUUUGCAAUAUUUGCUGCACUGCUAAUGCUUAAUCUUCUGAUAGCCAUGAUGGGCGACACACAUUGGAGAGUAGCGCAUGAAAGAGACGAGUUGUGGCGGGCUCAGGUGGUAGCUACCACUAUCAUGCUCGAGAGGAAGUUGCCGCAAUGUCUCUGGCCUCGCUUGGGAACUUGUGGAAAGGAUUAUGGCCUGGGAGACAGCUGGUUUCUUCGAGUGGAGGAACGUAAGGACAUAGAUAAACGCAAGGUUCAGCGAUAUGUGCAAGCUUUCCAGGACUGUUGUGAUGAUGAUGAGGACCAAGACAAGCAUGAGGAGAAAGAGAUUUCACAUCACCCCCACAGUGAAGAACCACCAGCAGAAUCCUCUAACUUUACUCGAAAAUUGUCAGUGAGUACCUCAAGCAGAGGAUGGAAAGUGCUUCGGAAUGCAUCUACUGUAAAACUUCAGGGCAAAGUCAACUACGCCCUAGAUAUAGAUGAACAAGUUUAUGAAGUGUGA